CCUAUCAUUUGCCCGAACAAUAACAACAGCCUUUACGCCCAAGAUCAAACCCAUAACUAAACCAUUUCCUAUUCUUCAAUUGGACUCAUAUUACCAAACCAACGGUAAUGCAAGUGUUUACUCCUAUAACAGAACCAUUGAUAAUCUACUCAAAUCUGGGUCUCUGGACAAUGCUCUCAAACUGUUCGAAGAAAUGCCUGUACGAGAUGUUAUCACGUGGAAUAUACUAAUCUCUGGGUAUGGUAAUAAUGGGUUUCCAAGACAAGCUUUAAAUGCUUAUUUUGGGAUGGUUUCUCAAGGAAUCAGGGAAAGUUCGUCGACUUUUUCAUCUUUGUUGAGUCUAUGUAGCGAUGCAGGGUUUUAUAGAGAAGGGCUUCAAGUCCACUGUAGAAUCGUUAUUCUUGGGUUCAAUAUGAACAUUUACGUUGGGAGUGCACUUGUUGAUCUUUAUAUGCAAAUGGGUGAUAGUGAUACUGCUCUAAAAUUGUUUUAUGACUUGCCAGAGAGAAAUUUAGCUAUAUGGAAUUUGAUUUUACGUGGAUUCUGUGAACUGGGUCAACCACAUGAGUUGUUAAGGUUGUACGUUAAUUUGAAAUUGGAGGCUGUUGAACCCAAUGGGCUGACAUUUUGCUAUUUGAUUCGUGGGUGUGGCGGUAAGAAGUUUCUUGAUGAAGGAAAGCAGCUGCAUUGUUAUGUGAUUAAGAGUGGAUGGUUAGCAUCAAAUUUGUUCGUAGCCAAUGCCUUGGUUGACUUUUACUCAGCUUGUGGGAGUGCCGUUUAUGCUAUGAAAUCAUUUGAAGUGAUUCCACCAGAGGAUGUUAUAUCAUGGAACUCAAUUAUCUCUCUUUAUGCUGCUAAUGGGUUUUGGCUUGAUGCUCUUGAAGUCUUCCGAAAGAUGCAUAUUUGGAACAAGAAACCUUCAGCUCGAUCAUUUUUGGGAUUUUUGAGUUUAUCAAGUGAGAGGAAGAAUCUACUGCUUGGGAAACAAAUUCAUGAUUGUGUUUUGAAAUUGGGUUUUGAUCAUCAAAGCAUCCAUGUUCAGUCUGCUCUCAUUGACAUGUAUGGGAAAUGCGGUGACAUUGAGAGUUCAGUGUCUACAUUUGAAAGUGUUCCCGAGAGAACUCUUGAAUGUUGUAACUCACUAAUGACAUCUUUUUUGCAUUGCGGUGUAAUUGAGGAUGUGGUUGAGAUGUUUGGAUUGAUGGUAGAUGAAGCCAUUGGAUUUGAUGAAGUCAGUCUGUCCUCGACACUCAAAGCAUUAUCGAUAUCAGCUUCCACAAGCUUGGCUAGCUGCACAUUGCUGCACUGUUGCUCAAUAAAAUCUGGUUUUGAAUCUGAUUUCGCGGUUUCAUGUUCUUUGAUCGAUGCAUAUUCAAGGUCUGGACAUGUUGAUCUUUCUCUCCAGGUUUUUGAAAAUCUUCCUUCUCUUAAUGUCAUCUGUUUCACAUCAAUCAUGAACGCAUAUGCUCGAAAUGGAAUGGGAAUGGAAAGCAUUGAAAUGUUUGAAUUAAUGAUCCAAAAGGGUCUGAAACCUGAUGAAGUGACAUUAUUGUGUGUGUUAAUGGGGUGUAACCAUUCAGGCAUGGUCAAGGAAGGAAGACUGUUGUUCGACUCCAUGAAAAGUUGUCAUGGAAUUGACCCAGACAGGCGACACUACUCAUGUAUGGUGGAUCUUCUUGGCCGUGCAGGAUUACUAGAUGAAGCGGAAGAGUUGCUAAUGCAAUCACCAUCAAAAGGUGAUUCUGUGACAUGGAGUUCUCUGUUGCACAGUUGCAGGGUUCAUCAAAAUGAAGGAGUGGGAAAGAGAGCUGCAGAGAUGUUGAUGAUACUUGAACCAGAGCAUCAUGCUGCUUGGUUGCAAGCUUCAAACUUUUAUUCAGAAAUUGGAGAAUUCGAAAUCUCUUCUCAGAUUAAAGAGGUUGCGGUGGCAAGAAAGUUGAGAAGGGAGAUUGGUUGUAGUUUGAUUGAGUUGAAUGGUUUCCCUUAAUAUUUACACUAUCACUGGAAUGUGAGCCCUCUUCCAGAGGACUUUCGUGACGCAGAAACAGGACAAUCAGUGUUGUUACUACGGGCAAUAACCAACAGGAAUGUCUGUCUUUCGGGUUUUCUGGUAUAGGGAAGAUCUGGCUCUGUUCAGCAUGGCGAUACCAAAAUGUAAAGAUGAAGAUGUUUCAAAGCCAGCAUAUCAAAACCAGUUCCUCAAAAACAACGACUUUGAGAAGAAGGAUGGCACACCUGAGACUUAAUGCACCUCUGCCACUGGUUUUGAGAACUGGAUCAAAUUCGGGCGUAACAACAAUGUGUAAUACACCUAAAGUUUCAUUUGAAGGAGAUUGAGGGCUUCAAAGCAAUCUCUUGCAAUCAUAUAUCUGCACAAGUAGAGUUUCAUAUCUUGAUCAGACAGCGCCGGUGGGGCUGGUGAAUAAUCUGGGACUGUAUCAGUGUUGCUUACGAUAGAUUUAGAUGUAAGGUUAGACAAAACAACAAAGAACAAAUCCAAAUGUAGAUGCC